AUGGCGGACAUGCUGGACCUCCUGAGCUCGGCGGGGGACCAAGACGACUACCAGCAGCAUGACGUGGGCGCCGAAGGCCCUCCAGAGCCCGAGCAGGUCAGGAAGCGCCAGAAGCGAGCCCAUGGUUUGUCUCAGUCGUGUGGGAUCGGGAACAUCGGGAUCUUGAUCUCCUCGGCACUCUCGAUCCUCGGCGCCCGCUACGCUUCCAUCAUGGACAAGAUGUGCCGCGUUUGCGGUUGCCGUCUGGGGGACCCCGAUCCCGUCAAUGAGUUGUUGACCAGAGCUUGGAACAAACCUGAUUUCGGUGGCAAGGUGUGCGCCUACUGCGGUGCAUCCAAAUGGAAAUUAUAUCCCGGGAAAGGGUGGGCUGAGGUGGAUACCAAGCUGACCGACAAGGAGGAGGCAGGGCGCUUCACUACGUUCAUGACCGCCUUGAUUGAGAAUCUCAAAGCAGGUGGAAAGUCCUCUCGGUUCAUCGACCGCCCCGCCGAGUCCUUGACCAAGGAGGUUGGCGUUGAGAUGAAGUCCGGGGUCAAAGGCAUUGCGAAGCUGUACGACGGCUACUUCGGCAUCCACGGGGACCCGUUGACCAACGGCCUCGGCCACCAGCUGGUGGAAAGGUACAAGUGGAAGGACGGCAGCAUCAGGAAAGUCGUAUUGGUCCCUACCACGCCUGAGGACGAGAUGGAAACAGAGUGGAAUGCAACGCAGAAGUUCGCUCACUCGACGGAGCUGCACAACGGCGAGCUCACGGACAGGGCAGAUCAUGUUGCAUCUCUUUUCGCUGAGAUUCGCGAUGGGGCGGGUAGGAACCAGAUGACUGGCCAGUCGCAGGCGCGCAAGGCCGAGCCCGCCGCUUCUGCCGACGGCGGCCCGGCAGAGAAGAAAACCAGGGUUGAGGAUCUCCAGGUGAAGGCCGAGGACGAGUCGGAUGACGAAGACAUGGGCGGUCGCGAUCUCAUGGGCUUACUUGACAGUGGCAUGGGUGCCGCAUCCUCGAGCCAGCCUGCUGGCGAGGGCCGCGCGGCGGCCGCCGCCGCGACGCCCGGGCAGCCCUCCUCGGGACGGGCCAAGGCCAAGGGAAAGGCAAAGGCUCAGUCGAACAUGCCGCCGCCGAUCUCCGCCGGGGGCGGCGGCGCGAGGCGGUCGGGGACUACGAAGGGAAAGGCUGGCGGGGACGAGGCCCCCGAUGCAGCGGAGAAGACUGCAAAAGGCCAGAUCGAUCGUCUCCAGAACGUGACUGAUGAGUUCCCGCUGUUGCAAAGGGCAACUUUGCUGGCCAUGGAUAAGAAGCACUUCGAAGCGGUCAAGACCACUAGUGACGCCCUCAGCAACAAGAUGCAGCUCCUCACUCGCCCUACGCAGGACAAGGCCAGACUGCUGCUGAAGUUGUCUCAGGCUCAGGUUGCUAUCACGAAGAUGUACAAGCAGUGGGUCAGGCAGAAUAACACCCAGGAGUUCUUGACUGAGUACACCGAGUUGGAGAACCACGCCAAGCAGCCGCCGCCGAUCGUGAUCAAGGUGCCCAACUGCGUCCAGGUAAGCCUGAUGGAGAUGAGGUUGAAGCACAACCUCUUGGAGGACCUCAAGACAGGGCAGUCUGUGUUGCCGCGCUACAAGCAGAUCUCCGAGGACAUGUGCCGCGGCCUCUUCCCCACAACUGAGGUGGCGGACUGGCAGAAGGAAAACAUUGACGAUUGCCUCUUGACAAUCGUCGCCCCGGGCGGCGACUUGGUUCCGAAGACCGUCUCGGAGCAUGCCAAAUGGUUGCAGAACUUCUUGCAUCCAGUUCCCACGCUUGCGAGGUCCUCCGUUGCCAUUCUGGAUUUCUCGUUCGCGCAGGACCUCACUGACAGUCUCAUCACGCUCAAGACUGCUUUCCAGACGAGCGAGUACCGCGGGAACGAGGCUGCGGUUAACGAUUGCAUUGUGAAGAUCAAGCGUUCCUCUGAGACCACUCUCAAGAUGUUCGUAUCGACUGGCACAGGCAACAAGUUGCUCACUUACGCGGCCACCAAGCUCGAAGACUUGUCCCAUCGGCAGGAGGGCGAGGCGCGCAUCAUGGACUUGCUCGACAGGGGCGGAAAGGGCAUGGACAACGUUGUUCGGCUUGACGCUUCGCUCCUGCAGCUGGAGUUUCAGGUCGACGAACGGACCCUGAGUCGGUUUGUUGAGCACGUGCAGUACGUGCUGAAGGACAUCGGCAUGGCGAUGGGCACCGCGUUUCGUGUCCUCGUGCAGGACAACAAGUUCGAUAACGCCGAGUUCAAGCUCACCGUGUCGGACCCGCUGCACGGCUUGCAGAAGCUGAACUACUUCCAGGAUGAGCCAGCACGAUCGUCUGUCAACAAGCGGUGCAUUGACAUGAUGAUGACGCUGACUGCGGCUCCGCUCGCGAAGUGCACUGAAGGCAGGAUCGAGGACAUUGAGGUGAUCGAGGACCUUGCGCAGUCAACGGCUGCCUUGGAGCCCGCGAUUGAUGACACUUCGGCUAUCUUUGCUCAUAUGAAGCUCCUCGAGAUCCCCCUUGAAGAUUAUCGGAAUCUUGCGGGCCAUGGCGCCUCGCUCCUGGCCGAGCACGAGUCGACCAGCGUGACGACGAAGGUGAAGGAGAUCACGGACUUCAUCGAGUGUACCUCCAGCGCGUAUUGGAAGGAUGGGCGCGCGAGCGGAGGAGCAGCGGCAGCGCCUCUCGAGGCUGUUACCGACAGCUCCGCCGAGGCCGAGCCCCAGUGGUUGCUUGACGGCAGCCAGUCAGACGAGACCGUGGAUAAGGUGCGUCUCCCGAUGAAGAACAUGGCGCGCGGCACCCUGCUGCGGAUCGACCUCCUCGUCGGCCAAGUCUGCACGCUCCUCGUGGCCCUCCGCAAGAAAAGGUUGGCGCUUUGGCUUCGCCUGCAGUGGCUUGUCACCGCGAUCAGACUGGAGUACUGCCUGGUCGCGUCCGCGAAGAAGGCUCACGACUUCUCCAAGGCCGUUAUCGAGGACGAGGAUAGGCUCAAGUCGGCAUGGAUUGCUUUGGCGACCCGAUUGUCUUCUCUGUCAGGCUUGAUGAAGUCUACCGCGCUCGAGGGCGUCGAGAUCACCGACGGCGUCUCGGCAAAGCUGGAUCAGCACCGUCUCUUGAAGUGCUCGAAGGACAAGCUGGUGGCAGAAGCGACAGCUGCCAUGUCCUUUUCUGAGAGCCUGCUCGGCUUGGUCACGGGCAAUCUCGCCGGGCAGCUUGAACGUUCUUCGCAAUCGCUCGAGCAGCGGAUCCCCUCGCACAAGGAGUACUGUGUGACGGUGUUCGACGCGGAGAAGGCCAAGGAGGAGAUCGUGAACAAGUACGACCAUUGGGCUGUUUUCGCAAACGAUUGGGUGGGCAUCCAGAAGAUGGUUAACCAUGCCAAGGCUUUCACUUCCGACUUUACCACUCCAGAUGGCUCCAUCAUGGCUUUCGAGAAGAGGCACCAAGCGGUUCUCGGCGUGGCGAGCAGGGCCCUCGCCUCCGGGAGGACUUUCAUUUCGGUUGCGUCGACGUGCAAGUUGGUGUUGGAGACGAUGCCUCUGACCCCGAAGAAGGACCGCUACGAUACCCUCAGGUCGCACAUCAACAAGUGCAAAGGCUCGGGUCUCCCGCAGAACCUCACUGACUACAUGAAUACGGAGCUUCAGAAGCUGAAGGCGUCGAAGUCCCAGGCUGCCCAGGGCUAG